AUGGGCUUCUCCUUCAACCAAAAGUCCCAGGCUACGAGCCAGGCCACCAGCCCUGGCGAAGUUUCAGAGUCAGACUCUAUCAUCCGCGAUGGCGAACUCGCCUUCGUUCGCCAGACAGCAGGCAAUGGUACCUCUGGCUACCAAGAAGCCGUUGGUGCCCCCGUCGAAACGCGUUCGCCUUUGGGAUACAACGUCAACUGGAUUACCAUUAUCUUCCUCAACUUGAACCAUAUGGUCGGCACGGGUAUCUUCUCAACACCUGCCACUAUACUGAAACUGACAGGUUCCAUCGGUCUCGCCCUCGUGUACUGGGUCAUUGGCUUCAUCCUUGCCGUCGCCGGACUUGCCGUCCAUAUGGAAUUCACAAGCUACUUUCCCAAUCGCAGUGGUUCGGAGGUUGUCUGGCUUGAACAAGGCUAUCCUCGUCCCAAGCACUUCUUUCCCGUCGCCUUUGCUGUUCAGUCUGUGCUGUUAUCCUUUAGCAGCAGCAAUGCCAUCGUGCUCUCCAACUACCUGUGGCGUAUCGUCGGUCGUGCUCCGGAUGCUUGGGAGCUCAAGGGUGUUGCUAUUGCGGCGUACACUCUCGCCGUUAUUACCGUCCUUGUUCAUAACAGAUACUCGCUGUGGGCUAUCAAUGUCUUUGGCGCUCUGAAGCUGCUCUUGCUUCUAUUUAUCGCCAUUUCGGGUCUUGUCAUCCUCGGAGGCAACUUUGGCAGUAUUCCCGAUCCAAGUCUCAACUUUCGCAACGGUUUUGAAGGCACAACUUCGAGUGGUUAUAAUCUGUCUCAAGCAAUGGUCAACAUCAGUUUUGCCUUUUCAGGCUGGCAGAACGCUUUCAGCAUGGCGAACGAGAUCAAGAACCCCAUCCCCACACUCAAGAAGAAUGCUAGUGCCUCUCUUCUCAUUGUCUUCGUUCUGUACUUUCUCUGCAACAUCGCCUACUUUGCUGCCGUACCAAAGGACAUCUUCCUCGAGUCGAGUGAAUUGGCUGCGGCUGUCUUUUUCCGAACAGCCUUUGGCAAGAGUGCCGAGUCUGCUCUCAAUUUUUGCGUCCUUCUCAGUUCUUUCGGCAACUUACUUGCUGUCCUUGUCAGCCAGUCUCGUCAGAUCAGAGAGAUUGCUCGUCAAGGUGUCCUCCCUUGGACAGAAUUCUGGGUCUCGACCAAGCCUUUCGGUACCCCCGUCGGUCCUUAUCUUUUGAAAUGGGCCUUUACCUUUCUCAUGAUUGUCGCCCCUCCAGCAGGAGACGCGUUCCAGUUUGUUGUUUCGCUCAAGACAUACCCCGACGCCAUCUUUUUCGCUGCCAUGGGUGUUGGCCUGUUGCUUAUCCGUCGUCGUCGCAGUCGAUCUAACACUCCGCCGUCUGACUUCCGCGCAUGGCACGCUCUUGUCAUUCUGUAUAUUCUGUCUCAGAUAUAUCUUCUCGUCAUGCCUUGGAUUCCUCCGGUCGGUGGCAUCUAUGGCGGAACAGUUAGCUUCCUGUGGUGUACUUAUAUGAUCGUUGGUAUUGCCAUUUUGGGUGUCUGCGGUCUUUAUUAUUAUGUCUGGAUGAAGCUUCUGCCUCGCUGGGGAGGUUACAAGAUUCGAUCUCAGGUCAUCUCGGUUGAUGAUAAUGGCGCCAACACGCAUCGUCUGCUAAAAGUACCUAAUGACGAGGUGGCUGAAUGGGAUGCUACUCACGAUGAUCUCGGUCGCGAUUUGCCAGCUGGACAACGAGUUACCACAGAGAUCAGCAACAUCUCAAAGUAG